UUUGUGUUUUGGUUCUAGUAAAAGGGGAAGUUGCAAGAAGAAAGAAAAAAGAAAAAGGAGGAGACGUGAUCGGGGUUGUUGAAAUUAUUUGUAUGUUCAACAAUACGUAUCUGUCCGCACUGCGACCUUUAUUUUGUGUAUAGACUCGUGUGUGGUAUUCUGUGUUCGUCAACCGCCUGGCACUCAGCUGAAGCCCUGACAGCAUAGUCAGACGUGCGGGACAAACACUGACCGGGGGAUCUGACUAGGCCAUGGCCAACAGGGGAGGAGCUACGAGACCCAACGGGUCUAACGCUGGUAACAAGAUCUGCCAGUUCAAGCUGGUACUUCUGGGGGAGUCGGCGGUGGGCAAGUCCAGCCUGGUGCUCCGCUUCGUCAAGGGACAGUUCCACGAGUUCCAGGAGAGCACCAUUGGAGCGGCCUUCCUGACCCAGACAGUGUGUCUAGACGACACGACGGUGAAGUUUGAGAUCUGGGACACGGCAGGACAGGAGCGCUACCACAGCCUGGCGCCAAUGUAUUACAGAGGGGCGCAGGCCGCCAUUGUGGUCUACGACAUCACAAAUGAGGAGUCAUUUGCGCGGGCCAGGAACUGGGUGAAGGAGCUGCAGAGACAAGCUAGCCCCAACAUUGUCAUCGCCCUGUCUGGCAACAAGGCUGACCUCGCCAGCAAGAGAGCCGUGGACUUCCAGGAUGCCCAGUCAUAUGCAGACGACAACAGCUUGCUCUUCAUGGAGACAUCGGCCAAGACGUCUAUGAAUGUGAACGAGAUAUUCAUGGCUAUUGCAAAAAGAUUGCCAAAGAGCGAGCCUGCGGCCACUGGAGCUAACAGCGGGCGGAACAGGGGCGUCGACCUAACGGAAGCCGCCCAGCCAACUAAGGCCCCCUGCUGCAGUACUUAAAGCGAAAUCCUUUCCCCCCCACACUGCAGUAACUAAUGUGAUGACCCCCGCCCGCCCGCCCGCCCGCCCAAAACUCUCUGAUCUGCAGCAAUGAAAAAAGAUGCCCUUUGAACCCCCUUCCCAUUCUACCCUUCUCCUCCUCCUCUGCAGUAACUAAUGCAAAGCAACGCCCUCAUCUAUAGUUCUCUCAACGACGCCCCGCCCCUCCCUCUCCCCUACUGGUUCUGCUGUUACUAAUUGAGACACCUUCCUCCUUUUUUUCUGAAAUUAGUGCCCGCCUUCCCUACCUCAUUCUUCCUGACUAUUGGCAAGCAGCAGGACUAAGGGGCGGGGCAAUUCUGAUGGUGGUCUCAUCUCAUGGGAUAGCUACAGACUAUCGCUCUGUGUUUCUAACACAAUAUCUGUCCUUUCUGUUUGUUUUUUUGUUUUGUUUAUUUUUUUUUAUAGUGGGAAUUAUGGAUGCAUGUAUCACUACAAGGCCUAACUUGAUGAUGAGAAAAAAUCUGUGUUAACUUUAUUCAGUGGCACAAAGAAAAAUAUUUGAGAGGGAGAGGGGCUACAAAGGUUUGCGAGGGCUAAUUCUUGACAAGUCGAAAGAAAAGACUGUUUAGCAGUGGUCUUGGGUUCCUUCUAGUUUCUCUCUGUUGAUCUCUGUCUACCUUCAUCUGUCUCUUGAGUAACGUAUUCAUAUGCUUUGCCCACUAAACCUUUAGUAGUGCUAGUAUAGAGUUUCUCCCUUCUGUCUCUCUUUGUCCCAUCCCAGGGCCUUGCCUGCUUCUAAUGCUCAGCCCCAAAUCAAACCCUAACCCCUUAGGUACUUCAUGUAGGUCUGAGAGGAUUUGAGGGCUGAGCAUUAGACAAUCGGGGAACAUUCCACCUAGCCUAUCAGAGGGCAAGGUGGAGCGAUCCCCAUAAUGCUCACACCUAUUCAAUUAUCGCAGGUCUACCUAAGGGGUUAGAGGGCAAUUUGGGAUUGGGCAUAGCUGUCCUAGUGGCAUCGUGCAAUGGUUCACAAUAUUGGCUCUGCGAUUUCUUCAGUGUCUGCAAGGACCUUCACACUGCAAAGCAAAGCAACCUGCCUCCACACCCACCCAAACCCUACCUGCUAUCACUUCCUUACCCCCACCAACCCUACCUGCUAUCACUUCCUUACCCCCACCAACCCUACCUGCUAUCACUUCCUUACCCCCACCAACCCUACCUGCUAUCACUUCCUUACCCCCACCAACCCUACCUGCUAUCACCACCUUACCCCCACCAACCCUACCUGCUAUCACUUCCUUACCCACUCCAACCCUACCUGCUAUCACCACCUUACCCCCACCAACCCUACCUGCUAUCACUUCCUUACCCCCACCAACCCUACCUGCUAUCACUUCCUUACCCCCACCAACCCUACCUGCUAUCACCACCUUACCCCCACCAACCCUACCUGCUAUCACCACCUUACCCCCACCAACCCUACCUGCUAUCACCACCUUACCCCCACCAACCCUACCUGCUAUCACCACCUUACCCCCACCAACCCUACCUGCUAUCACUUCAUUACCCCCACCAACCCUACCUGCUAUCACCACCUUACCCCUCCCAACCCUACCUGCUAUCACUUCCUUACCCUCCCCAACCCUACCUGCUAUCACCACCUUACCCCCACCAACCCUACCUGCUAUCACCACCUUACCCCUCCCAACCCUACCUGCUAUCACCACCUUACCCCUCCCAACCCUACCUGCUAUCACCACUUUACCCCUCCCAACCCUACCUGCUAUCACCACCUUACCCCCACCAACCCUACCUGCUAUCACUUCCUUACCCCCACCAACCCUACCUGCUAUCACCACCUUACCCCUCGCAACCCUACCUGCUAUCACUUCCUUACCCCCACCAACCCUACCUGCUAUCACUUCCUUACCCCCACCAACCCUACCUGCUAUCACUUCCUUACCCCCACCAACCCUACCUGCUAUCACUUCCUUACCCCCACCAACCCUACCUGCUAUCACUUCCUUAACCCCACCAACCCUACCUGCUAUCACCACCUUACCCACACCAACCCUACCUGCUAUCCCCCUCACCAACCCUACUUGCUAUCACCACAGUAUGGCAUUGAGCCUCUGAGACUUGUUCACAUUUUCACCUUACCCCCCGCCCCCUGAAUACCAAGCCUCCAGACCCCUUUCCAUCCUGACCUGAUGGUCUCUGUCCGAGGGAGGGGUUACAUGGUGAGGUGACCUCUGUAGGUGUUGAGAGAGGGGAACAUGGUGAGGUGACUUCUAGGUGUUGAGAGAGGGGAACAUGGUGAGGUGACUUCUAGGUGUUGAGAGCUUCUUCAUUAGGAAUCAGCUCUCACUGUGGACCUGGGUGUGUCCCAAAUGUCACCAUAUUCCCCAAAUAGUGCACUGUUUUUGACUAAAGCCCUGGUCAAAAGUAGUGCACUAUAUAGGGAAUAGGGUGCCAAUCAGGAUGUCUCUCUUUGUCAUGGUCACUAUGCAUCCCCUGUUCUUUAGGAAGUGCUGUGUGUGAGGGUGUGUGUACACAGAGGGAGACUGGACUGUUUGGUGAUAAAACAUCCUCAGAGACAACACAGUCAGACGCAGGUUUAUUUCUCUAAACCCUCCCAGAUCUAAAUAACACACACAAGCUAAAACACAGCUCGCUCACACACAUACACUUUUGUGUUAUUUUUAAACCCUGGACCUGUUACUUACAUAUACAUUUAAACACACAUACACACAACCCGUCCUGGUCAAUAACUCUGUCCAGGUCUCUUCCUCUUGCCUUGCACUAAUGAUUCUCAUGAAUAUAUCUUGUCAUAAUUACAGCCAGUGUGAUAUAAAUAUAUAUAUAUAUAAUAUACUGUACAUAGGGUGUUGCAAUGUAGUCUACUUUUUCCAUUUACAGUUGACAGGACUAAUGCUUGCUAGGGAGUUGUCUAGAUAAUCAUUAAAAAACUGUACAGUUAGCAGAAAACAGCUUCAGUGUGUGUUUGGAGUAGUUUUCCCCCACACAAAAAUGUUUAAAUUAUAAUCGAUGGUGGUCUUUAUAAAUGUAGUGUUAUUAACAAAAAAAAUCACUUGCAUUUCUUUAGUGGUCUGACUUAUACUUUAUUUCUCAAGAAAAGCUAAAUGUUUAUUUUUUGGUUUCUAUUUUUUAACAUUCUCUCUCUCGCAUUUCACUCAUUUGUGAGUGAUCUAAAGCUAGGAUCCCUGUCCAGUACUCCUCAUCCCACUAGAACUGAAGUCACACACAAUACACUGUCUGGCUGUUGAAUCCCUGUUGGAGCAAAGCGGAAAGGAUUUAACAAAAUUCACUUUCCGCUUGUCUUAUAACGUCUCAGUAAGAAUGUAACAACGUUGUGGGAACAAUGUUAACAACCUUAGUAGGAGAAGAAAGACUGCUCUGUUCUACUGUUGGGGUAUUAGCUGGUGGAUCAUGAUCAUGAUGAUGAAUAAAUGGAUUAACUCAUA